GUAAUCGAUGAAUUACGUAUGCUUAAACAUCGAUAAGACGCAAAAUUCUUUUCCAUCAGCCUUGUUAACUUUCGUCGCCAUUCUAUUUACGUUACGUCCGCUGUGGCGAUUUCACAUAUAGCAGACGUGACAGAACUAUGGUGUAUUUUUGAAAAAAAUGUCACGUGAAUGGUUAACGAGCCGAUAAAUUCGUCUAGCAAUGGCUUUAUCUUGCUAGCUGUGCAUGAAUCAGAAACGGCGAUAUCGUGAACAAUUAUUCUACGAUAAAGCCACGCGGCAGGUUGAUUGGAUUUUACCGUAUCGGUGUUGUUAUUAAGACUCGAGAGUCUCAUGUAAACAGCACGCGGGCCUUGUGUGUCAUCCGAUCUAAUGAUCCUUAUUAUGUAAUUUGUGCAUCGGGGAAAUGCUAUGGUCGAAAAAACGUGGAUGAAAUUUGCCGGAGUUCGCGUUACGAACGGUGCCCUUAAAAAAUGACUGACUUUUCUUCUUCUUCUACUUUCGCGAGGGUAAUUGGUAACGUGUUGACUUUUAUAAAAUGUAUCGUUCGAACCAGCUUUGUGAUAUUAAACAAUGCUUAUUGUAUACCUACAUAUGUAGUAUGGAUGACACUAUUAUUCCCUGUAAAAGUUUAUCAACCUCAAGUGUACUGGCGGAUCGAAGGAUUAUUUUUCCAUUGGUUAUUAGCAAUGGUUUCAAUGUGGACUUGGUCCGCAGGCUAUGAUAUAAUAGAACAAGGUGAUGAUAUACAAAAGAUCAUUAGCGAAAAAACGUUAGUAAUAGCAAAUCAUCAAAGUACCGGAGAUGUUCCUAUGUUAAUGACAACAUUUAAUGCAAAACCAAAUGUAUUGCCUAAUCUGAUGUGGAUCAUGGACAGGAUUUUUAAAUUUACCAAUUUCGGCAUAGUUUCCAUAUUACAUCAAGACUUCUUUAUCAUGUCUGGUCGUAAACGAAGGGAAGAGAGUUUAAGGCAGCUAGAAAAGCAUUUGGUAAACUCGUAUAUUCCGCUUAAUAGAAAGUGGAUGGUUUUAUUCCCAGAAGGAGGUUUUUUAUGUAAAAGGCGAGAGACUUCGCAAAAGUAUGGUAAAAAGAAUAAUCUGCCUAUCCUUGAAAAUGUAUCUUUACCUCGAGUAGGAGCAAUGCAGACUAUAUACGAUACAAUUGGUCCAUCACAGGAUAAUAAUAGUUCGGAACAACAAUUAGAUAAUAGAGCAAACGUUAUUUGUGAUACAGGUAUGAUAGUGGCUAAGCCAGAAAUCAAUUGGGUUCUUGAUAUAACAAUAGCAUAUCCUCAAGGUAAACCAAUUGAUUUACCUACAAUUAUAACUGGUUCUAGACCACCGUGUGAAACAGUACUGUUUUAUCGAGUUUUUCCUAGUUCAGUGGUUCCGCGAGAACCAGAAUUAUUGUCUAAAUGGUUGUAUGAUAGGUGGGUUGAAAAAGAAGCACUUUUGGAAAAUUUUUAUAAAUACGGAACAUUUAUUGGCACACAAGCAUCAGCCAAUGAAGGUUCCAAGGUCCAUCAGGAUCCAUUGAGAUUCCUAGUCCUUCAUUUAUUUUUUAUAACAUCUAGUUAUAUACAUUAUAAUAUGUUUGCGUAUAUGCUCUCUUGCUUCUGGUAAAGCGUUUUAUGCUAUACAAGAAAUUACGUUCAAACAUGAGUGAAAUUACGAUGUAGUAAAGUAAAAAUAUUCCUGCCUUAAAUAUUACUCUUGAUGUUGACUAAUAAAACUAACGAGUGUAUGAAUUGUCAAUUCCAAGUGAAUGUUUAUAAUCUAGAUACGUCAUAGGUAGUUAAUUGAAAUUACUAUACAGAAUUAUUUGAUCACGAUGUCUGUUCCAUUAAUUAAACGAUCGUAAUUAGGAAGUUUUAAUAACAAAAUUUUGGUUUCAUUAACGAAGUUCAUUACGGAAAAUUAUUUUUACAGUUUUGCAAAUUUCUGUUAUAAUUGGCCAUUCUUUGAAAUGUUUAUUUUAAUUUAUAUAAAUGAGGUGCGUAAGAUACUUCAUAACAUUAUAGUCAUGACAUGACGUUUAUAACACAAUUUUAAAAACCUAUCUGAUGAAAGACAUUAGUAACAUAAAAUUGUCAAUAAUAUAAUGAAAAUUUUAUUUUAUUUGGAUAAAGAAUAGUACAGAUUCAUUUCAACGAACAGCUAUAAAAUAUGGAUGUUUGAGCUGUAUGGAAAGUAUCUAGAGAGACGAUUUAAGCUUUUUUAUAUGAAAUUCAUUGUAAAGAGUACAUUUUAAUGUUUAUAUCUAUGCAAGUCAGACGAUUUAAUUAAUAUUUGUUUAUUCACUGAGAUAUAUGUAUUGCUACCACCUAUGUGAUAGUUUCGAUCGCGCUAUAUUAAUAUAAACGGUAUCAUUUUUAUUUCUCCAUUUACUACAUAGUGUGAAAAUGUGUCUACACUUGACUAUCUGUCUGGAGGACUUGGCAACAUUUCAGGGGAUUUUCAUAACAUCCUACAUGUGUGUUUUGUAAUACGGUAUCUUAAGUAGGAUUGCAAAUAUUCUAUGAAGUGGAAUUGCAAGAUGUAAUAGUAAAUUGUUACUGCUGCCGUAGGAGCGGUAAUAGUAAAUACCAUUUCGAAGGAAUAUCCAUUUAUUUGUGAUACAUGAUAGAAAAGAAAAUAUUUUUCAAUGCGAAGUCAAUCAUACAAACAUAAUUUUUUAAAUCACAUAUUAGAAAAUUUAUGUAAGUUCGUAAUUCUAUGAGGAGAUAGAUGUGAAACUUAAAUACAAAUUGUUUAAAAAUUUGGCAGAAAUGAAAAUCAUAUCUUAAAAGAAUCUGUCAAAGUAAGAAAGAUUUAUACUUAAUUGCUAAAUCUCAACCAAUAAUAACGCUGUUUGGUAAAGAAAAACAGCCGUGCCUUGUUCCUACGGACAAACCUCAGUGUUACUUGUAUAUAUGCAUAUGCAAAUUUCAUAUGUAACGUUCACGGUUAAAUCAGCGCCUAUAAUUAAUUUUUAAGAUGUUCAGGUGUCAUCGCUUGAAGGGAAAACCUUAGAAAUAAUAUAAUUGUUAAAGAUAUGUUUUUUAUGCUGCCUAAUUGGUUAUUACGAAGUAAAAAGCAUAGCCCAAAUUCAAAGCAAUUUCUAGACUGAUCGAUUCAGAUGAAUAAAUUAGUUAAAGCAUAUAAUAAAUGAACAUCCCGUUGUCGUGUAAUAAACAUAGAAGAUUAAUUUUUUCUGUGAUUACUAUUAACAGAAAACAUUUUUAAUUAUAUGUCUAUUUCAAUGACAACAUAGAAUUUUACGAUGAAAUGAAAUAUAAUUGUACAAAACAAUAAUUUCAGUAAGGCCAAUGUUAGUUGCAUUAAACUGUAAGUGAUUAUAUUAUUCGCAUAUUAAGAGCAUUAAUUUCCUGUAAUAUACGAGCAUAUUAAACACAUCAAUUUUUGAAUUUAUAUAUCUGCAUACGAGAACACUAUAUUAUUGACAUAUACGAAUAUUUUUUUACAUUUCUUUGCAUUUCAGUGCAUUUAAUACGUAAACUACAUGAAAAAGUACCAACAAAACGUGCAAGUGUUUGCAGACAAAAAGUUCAACAUCGUAAAGUAGAAAGAAGUGUUGAAUCGAAAUAAUUUAUAUUUGCAAAUUCAAUGAUUUUUUUUGUCUCUUAUUUAUAUCACGGUUAUAUUUUUAUUUGUUAACAGAGUAAUAAAAUUCUGUUGAUCCUUAGUUUCACACCCUUAUGUUUAUUAAAUAUUUAAGUGAAUCCAUAAUAUCACGAUAGAAUGCAUCUAGUCUGGGUUGCAAACUUUUGAACCAAUGGAAACAAGAUUCUAAAUGUAUUACUAAUUGUACUAUAAGAAACAUUUAAAUUUACCAAUAAAAUUUAUGUUUCACAUUUUAAAAACUGUUACGUAUCGUUUGAAACUAUUCAAUUGAACAUAAUGUUAUUAAAAGGGAAAAAAUAUGGAAAUGAAACUUGACUUUAUUGCUAAUCAAAAGUUACAAAUAUACAAUAAGAUGUUACUAAUACUUAACUGUGAGUAAUAUAACGAUUUAAAACUGAACUAUAGGUAAGAAUGCAAAGGAAAGAAACAGUGUAACAUAAUGAUUGCAUAAUAGCAUAUUUACUUCAUUACAAGGGCCAAUAUUUUUGAAACAUUUAGAUACGUUAGAUUUUUAAUAUAACAUAUGGUACAAUAAAAGUUUAAAACUCAAGUUUCAUUGAAAACCAAGAAGCAAUCUAACUAAACAAAUAAUUAUAUCAAUUACAGUGAGGACUAUUUAUUAUAUCUAUAGUUAUUGCAUAAAACAUUUGUUUUUGCGUUGAGGAUGAGUUGUAAGCCAAUAAUUAAAAUAAAUGUCACACUUUAUACAGCACACUUUGCACCUGAAUGUCAGUUUCACAAUGUUAGCUAUGGAAAUAAUGUAAAAUAUUAUUAGUGAUAAUAAGUUAUGACAUGAGCCCUUUUGGUUGUACUUUAACAUCUUCUAUUUCAUUGCCUUUACUAAGUUAUACAUAGAUAACCAGUAUUACUUGUGCACACUAUAUUGGAACUAAUUAUUCUUAUUGUAUUUAUGUUUAGUACAUAUUUUGUAUAUAUUUGAGUGUAGCAUUUUCGUGUUAUGUUCAAAAAAUAUUAAGAGCAUUAUUUUGUGUUGUACUCUUAUUAUAAUCAUAUUGUAUGAUAAAGCAGGCAGUAUUUAGCACAUAUGUAAUCUACAAUUUCAGGUGGAAAAACUAAUAAUAUUACAGAGAAAAUCGAUAUAUGGCAAUUAUAAAUUCUAUGAUACUGAUGUUUGUAAUAUUUGUGUGCUGUAUGAAAGGUGUUUAGAAAUUUUUGGUGUAUUCCGAUUCGAAUCUACAUACUGUAAACACCUUUAUAAAAAAUAAUAAGAAUGUAACUGAAAA